AUGAUCGUUUAUCCAAUGUUGCUAUCAAUUAUAUUAAAUUUUACAGGUCUUGUGAGUUUCAGCCAAGGUCGGGAAUUGGGCUACUCUUUGCCUACUGAUACUUCUGUACCUCUGGGUUCAGAUGAGCUUACUGUUGACUGUGUAUCUGAAUUACAAAAUUGUUUAUAUAACAGCUUUUCAAAGGCUUACGAAUUUUGUGAUCAUUGCAUAAAAGUAUCGGAGGUGACAUUAACUGACUCUGGAAAUUAUGGUUGUCGUGGAUGUGCAAUGAAGACAAUGUUAGAUCAUUGUAGUGAAUAUAAUUGCAUUGUAGGAUAUGAUUAUAACAGCCUAUCUACUUUAUUAGAAGAAUUCCAACACAGUCCAGAUUAUGCGACACUUAAUUCACUAAAAUCGAGAACUUUAAAAGAACAGAAAAUUGAUGGGUCUCUAGUAUAUAUCAGGCUGGAUACACACGAUAUUUAUAGAAAUAUGUUGCCAUUUGAAAAGGAAGAGAUAGUAAGAGCUUUUAUUAAAGAAUCGGCGUCACAAGAUGUCAGAGUUUCUGGCGGUCUAGGUAACGUUAGCGCAGGUGGCACUAAAGAUUACGAUGAAGUUCCAAUGCAUAUUAAAGACAUAAAUGGUGGUGAACCUAAAUAUAAUGAAGAUGAGGAAAGUGACAGGAAGGAUAAUGAAAGUGUUCUAAAUGGUGACGAAACAGAUGAAGAAAAUACAGACAACCAGGGUGAAGUUGGCGAAGACGAUUGGGAUGAUGUGGACAAUGUAGACGAUUGGGAUGUAACUGAUGGUGAUAAAUCGGUAGAGGAUAUAAAUGUUUCUACACAGGAAGGCAAUUGCACAGUGAUACAAUCAGAGAAACAAUGUACCAAUAGAGUUCCAACGGAUUUAGAAACCGAGACGUCUAGGCAAGUAUCAAUUGAUGAACAGACAUCAAUUGAAUCUUCCAAAAAUAGUAAUUAUGGUGAACGUACAGUAAACUGGUCUGCUUCUAGCACCGAAUAUGAAGAACAGACAGUAGAUCAUUCUUCCACUGAUUCUAAUUAUGAUGAAGUGACACCAACACCUUCUUCUUCUAAGCCUGAUUACAAUAAAGAGACGCCACUCGAGUCACAAGAUUAUCCGCAUUAUCCACAUUAUGAUGAAGAUAUAGUAACGUCUUCAACUAAUGAUCCAGAUUAUGAUGAAGAUAUAGUAACCUCAACCGAUAAUUCGUAUCAUGACAAAGAAAUAGUGACGAAUUCGACUGUUGCUACUGACUACAAUAAAGAGACGCCACUCAAGUCACAAGAUUAUCCGGAUUAUGAUGAAGAUACACUAACGUCCUCAAUUUAUAAUUCAUAUUAUGACGUAGUGUCAUCAACAUCUUCAUCUAAUGAUACUGAUUAUAAUAACUUAGAAAAUGAAAGACCUGAAGAAGGCAAGCAAGGUGAAAAAUCAGAAGAAGAAGCUAUUUAUACUAUUACUAUUCGUACGACUGUUUAUCCACAAAUUAAUAAUACAACCUAUAUUAUUAAGCCCAAUAUUGAUUAUCUUAUCAGCAAAUCGACUUUAACCACAUGGAAUCCUACAACAACUACAAAAACGAUCACAAAUCCAUGUAGCAAUACUAUUCUAAUCCAACCAACCGAGACUUCUACUACAAAUUGCACUAAAAAAUAUACCACAACAACUACACGGUUCUCAAAUAUUUACAUAACUUUUACUGAGACAGAUCUUUCCACUGAAUAUACAAAAUUGAAGGUCACUAAAUGGAAAGGUGAUAUAAGUACAACAACAGAAACUGAUUUAGCAUUCACUACAAGAACUAUUCUGAGAAAGAAAACUAAAACUCGAGCAGUAACUGAGAUAGAAGAGAUAGCUAAGACAAGACAAGUGUGUAAAAUAGUUGUCACUGAAAAUUAUACAAAGACAAAAACUAAAACAGCUGUAACGACAUUAACAAAACAAAAAACAACCACCACUACAACUCCACUAUUGAGUACUUCAACCUCAACUAAAACCAAGUCAAAAGUGAAAGUAUUGACAUCUACAGCGGUGACCAGUACUACAGAUACGAAUUUAAUAAAAGCUUAUACCACUACGACAUUCACUAAAACGAAGUACAAAAAGAAAAGAACAUACACGACUAUAGUUCUUCCAACAACUCAUGUAGUGGUAGUAAUAACAAAUACAGCUGUUGUGUCCUUAUUAAAUGAUAAACCUGGCAGGUUUAAGAAAGGUUUGAGGCUUAAAAAGAGGAUGGAAAAUGAACCAAUCCUAAAUACUUCUAUCAGCAAUAAAAAAUAUUGUAUCGACCUUCAUCUUUUAAUGAAUCAAAGAAGUUGCAACCAUCGACAGGAGCUGCCUCUAAAAUGA